GGGUCACAUUACUCAGUCUGUUUCUGAUCCACAUCCCCUAAAGGAUCCAUAUACAACCAAAGUCUACUACAGACACCUCCAAAGCACAGGACACAAUGUCACAGCACUCAUUAAUGACAAUAAGAGAAAGGAAAAUGCAGGCGGCAGCCAUUUGCAGAGAAAUUCAAGGCACGGAUGGGUCAGAGAUGGAUCUGGGCCGAAAGAUGAACACGCCUAAGGAAAUCAUGCUGGAAGAACUCUCCUUAGCUUCCAACAGGGGAUCUCGACUCUUCAAGAUGCGCCAGAAACGCUCAGAGAAAUACACAUUUGAGAACAUUCAGAAUGCAUCUAUUUAUAUGAAUGAUGAUUUGAUUCCUCCUACACAAAGUAUUGAAACCACAGAUAUGAAAACUGAAGUUAAUUGUGUAGGAGUUGACCAAGCAUCAAAAACUCUUCCAAAUACACCUGACCAACAUACCAUGCCCAAUCCUGCCAGUAUAGCCCCAGGUUAUGGCGGUCCCUUGAAGGAUGUUCCAACAGAGAAAUUCAACCGCACAGCUAUUCCCAAAUCCUACCACUCUCCUUGGGAUCAGGCUCUCAGCAGUGAUCCCUCUCUAGCAGACAUGGUGUAUUUACAAAUGCCUGAAUCUGAGCCCACACCUCAAAUGCCACAGUACAAGAGCUUUAAUCGGGUGGCAACUCCAUUUGGUGGCUUUGGAAAUGCUCCUAAAGCCCCAGUCAAGUCAGUUGAAGUGAAUGUUCUCCCAAGCGCCUUCAGUCUUCCACCUCCAGAAAAUGUGGCUGGCCCUUUGCCCUCGCGACCCUCCUUCAACAGGACAGCUCUAGGCUGGGUGACUGAUGGUGCCCCUCUGCUCCUUGCAUCUGCCACCCUGGAGCCUAAGUCAUCCAGGUUGCCUAUGUUUAUCCCUGAAUCUGAUGAACUUUGAAUUUUAUUUGCAUUGCUAAUGUGAUAAAUCGGAAGCUUUGCACACUAUCUAAUUUAGGUUGCAUAUUCAGGUUACAUUAAAUUAUAUGUACAGUGCUGUGAAAAAGUAUUUGAUUUCUUCUGUUUUUGUGUGUAUUUCAUAAUAAAUAGUUUUUGAUCAUCAAAUGAAAUACAACAUAAGACAAAGGUAACCUGAGUAAACACAGAAUACAGUUAUUUUUUUAAGCAAAAAAAGUUAUCCAACACCUAUCACCCAUGUGAAAAACUAACUGCCCACUUAAACUUUGGUUGUGCCACAUUUAUUGGAACCAAAUGCUUCCGAUAACUGGACAUCAGUCUUUCACUUACAUCUUGGACUAGGACUUAUUCCUAUGCUUUAUUCCGAUCAUUGUCUUGCUGCAUAAUCCAGUUGCGUUUGAGUUUCAACUUAUGGACUGAAGACAUUCUCCUUUAAGAUUUUCUGGUAGAAAGCAGAAUUCAUGUUUCCACUCAAUUAUUGCAAGUUUAUCUUUGUUUUAAUUUCUGAAACAAUUUAGUAUGAGAUAUACACAAAAACAGAAGAAAUGGAUGUAAGAGUUUUCCUUUCUAGGUACAGACUUACAAAUAUUUGUUUAAUUACAAUGCCAUUUGAAGCUGCUACUACCUAUUAUAACUAUUCACCUGUAAGCACUGGAAAAGUCUCAAAUUUCACAUUUGAUUAUGUGUGUAAUAUUUGAUCACAUUAAAAACAUGUGAAAGUACAUUACAAACACCUUAUGUCCAAUUAGCACAUGGGAACUCAAGUAAACACAUGUAUCACCAUGUAAAUAAUAUGUGACGUGUGUCAAAAAUAAAACCAAAUUAACAUG